ACGGUUGCAUGACAGGCAGAGUUCUUGAACGCUCAGCUGCUGCAAGCUGAUUGCAUCCCUGUGCAUUUUCUUGUGAGAUGCACUGACUGUACCUUGAUGUCAUGUGUUCUUGCAAGAGGAAGUUCUACCUGCUACAUUUUGAGGAACAGAAUUAGACAGAAGGAGAUGUAAAGAUGCCUUGUUGUUGCGCUGAAAAAACUAAGGGGACUGUUGACGCUGGAGUACAGACAAAACCCAUAAGCCAAACUACAGUACCGUCUGUGGCCGAUACUCUGUUACAUGCAGGGCCAGGACAGCUGGGAAUUGUUUGGGGGAAAAAAAUUGUAAGUGUCAUUGAAAGUGAAUUACCUGAACUCAUCACUAGAGGAUCACAGACUGAAGCGGAUAAAUCAACUCAGACAGAACCACUUACUGCACCGCCAGAAAAAAAAGAAGUGAAAGAAUUAAAGCUGAAGAAACCACCACGAUUCAAAGGCAAUGUUUUUGCGAUGGAGCUGAAGAGAAGGGAACGGCGUUUCAUCAACAUGCCUGUUGUACAAGUGAGAGUUCAUCAUCUUCACAAAGGGGAGAACAGGGAGAGUGUUUUGUUUCGACUUGAGAAAGGAUGGACUUUGCGCUUUCUUCUGGGUCCAUCUUUGCAUGCUACCACCGUCCGCCUUUUUUGCAAUCAUCCAUUAGAGGAGAAGACACCAUUCAAUCGCAAUACUUAUAUUGAGCUGGAAUGGAAGCGUCCAACUGGCAUGCGAUCAGACUUGACUGAUGUCUAUGCUGAGAUUCCACUUAUCUUGUCUGGAUCCUUUAACUAUUACUUCACCAUUGAUGAGAGUGUAUUAAUCACAAAUGCCAAUGGACAAGGCUACUUUUUGGUGGACCCUAUGCUUAAAAUUGGCAACAUGGACAUCACUGUGGACUGCCUUCAGGUACAAACUGUCAUCACCAAGCUUCUUGGGCCCUUUGAUCAGUGGGAAAAGCGGUUGGAAGUUGCCAAAGAAUCUGGUUACAACAUGAUCCACUUCACUCCGGUCCAAGAAUUAGGCAUCUCCAAUUCAGCCUAUUCCAUCCGUGACCAACUAAAAUUGAGUCCAGUAUACUCUGCAAAUCCUGGAAUGAUAUACACCCUGAAUGACCUAGAUGCUUUAGUUCGCAAGAUGGAGAACGAGUGGGGAGUGCUAUCUAUGACCGACCUUGUCUUCAACCAUACAUCAAAGGACAGUCCCUGGCUAUUUCAACAUCCUGAAUGUUCUUAUAACUUAGAAAACUCCCCUCAUCUUCGCCCUGCUUAUAUUCUAGACCGCAUCCUUCACCAUUUUAGCCUUGAAGUAGCACAAGGUCGGUGGGUAAAGCAUGGUGUGCCAGCUGAAAUCAAUCAGGAGAGCCAGUUGCAGUCCAUCCGCCAUGUUCUUGUUACCGAAGUCUUCCCACGACAUAACCUAGCAGAGUUCUUCCAAGUAGAUGUGCAGAAAAUGACAUCAGCUUUCAAACGAGCUGUGGGAGAAGGUCGAACUGGAAAGAAGAAAGGAGAGUUUAAGAUCAUCCCAGAUCCACAGUGCCGACGAUUGAAUAACAUAGUUGAUCUAGACAUUGCCUUAACGAUAUACAACACUGACAGUGGUGCUGGUGACAUUCAAGGACCCAAAGGACCCAAUGUCCUCAGCCGUGAAGAACGAAUCCAAAAGUGCUGCGAAGCUUUCAUGGAGCGAUUGAUACAGCUAAACCAAGAGAAAGUGUGUGAGAUAAAUGACCACAUUGCAGCAGCAGUGGAUAACUUUCUUGCAAAUGCACGUUGGCGUUUUGUUGAUCCCAAAGGACCUCUUGUGGGCAAAGUCACUAAAGAUGAACCACUUAUGCAUGAUUACUUUGUGAUACCACCCAGUCAUGAAGGAUCUUUUGAAAAAGAAACUGAGAUGAUGACGACGGAAGGCAUGAAGGUGAUGGCUGUGAAUGGUUGGGUGAUGGGAGAUGACCCUCUCAGGAACUUUGCUGAACAAGGCAAUGUAUAUCUGCGCCGAGAGCUAUUAGCAUGGGGAGACAGUGUUAAACUGCGCUAUGGAGAGAAGCCUGCGGACAGCCAGUACUUGUGGGACCGGAUGAAAGAGUAUGCAGAAAACACUGCACGCACCUUUCAUGGUGUAAGGCUGGACAACUGCCACAGUACGCCUAUUCAUGUAGCAGAGUAUAUGAUUGAUGCAGCAAGAAAGGUGCGACCAAACAUGUACGUUGUGGCUGAGCUUUUCACUGGCAGUGAACACCUGGACAAUCUCUUCAUGAAUCGCCUUGGAAUCACUUCACUUAUCAGAGAGGCCCUGAAUGCAUGGGAUGCCCAUGAGCAAGGAAGACUGGUGUAUCGAUAUGGAGGCUUUCCAGUGGGGUCCUUCGCCCAGCCUAGGGUUCGCCCUCUGGUGCCUUGUGUCGCUCAUGCUCUCUUCUAUGACCAGACUCAUGACAAUCCUUGUCCCAUUGAGAAACGCUCCGUGUAUGAUUCCUGGCCCAGUUCAGCUCUUGUGGCAAUGGCAAACUGUGCAACAGGCAGUAACAGAGGCUAUGACCAGCUGGUUCCUUACCAUAUCCAUGUUGUGAAUGAGAAGCGGUUAUACCCAGUGUGGUCUAAAGACCAAACAAAUGCAUCAAUGAUCAGCAUAGCUUCAGGCAUCACCAAUGGCAAACGUCUCCUCAACAACCUACACUAUGAGCUAGCCAUAGGGGGAUUCAGGGAGGUGUAUGUGGAUCAGCUAGAUCCCGAAGUAGUGUCUGUAACCCGACAUAAUCCUCAGACUCACCAGUCAGUUGUUCUGGUAGCACGUACAGCCUUCAGCAAGCCUGGAGAUCCAAACAACCAGUGUUUCUUCAAACCAAUCUAUGUUCAAGGCAUUGUAGAAGAGAUCCUUUUUGAGGGAAGUAUUCGUAAGACCUCAGAUGCUGAAUACACACCAGAUAACAAUUUCAUCACUGGAUUGCCUUCCUUUCACAUCGAUGUCAGUGAGCACAUUCCUAUGAACCUUAGCAGGUACUGCUAUGAGCGUGAGCUGGAUGAUGGCAAUACACGAGAAAUCUCCUUUAAAAAUUUCACUCCAGGAACUGUUGUUGCUUUCAGAUGUUCCAUGACAGAAAGAGCUAAAAAGGCAGUGUUGGAGAUCAGAAAAUGCCUAGGACAGUUUGGGUACAUGAUGCGUUCAUACAGUGGCAAUGUCACCUUUGAUGAUACCUGGGACAGCUCUAACUUCCGAGCCGUUGUUUCACGCUUGUCACUGGGUGACUUGAACCGUGUCCUGUACCGAGUAGAAAAGGAGGAGAUUGAUGACCACUUUGGCUUCAGCACUUACCACAUACCUGAUCAUGGCAACCUAUGCUACUCUGGCCUGCGGGGUGUGAUGUCUGUCCUUGGAGAACUUCGACCCAAGAAUGAUCUUGGACAUCCUUUAUGUCAAAAUGUUCGCCAGGGAAACUGGCUGCUGGAUUACAUAUCCAACAGGCUGAAGACAAUCACCAACACUGUCAAGCUUGGAGAAUGGUUUGAAAGUACCUUUGAUCACGUGAAGCAGAUCCCUCGUUAUUUGGUGCCUUGCUAUUUUGACGCCAUUUUGACAGGGGCUUACAUUGUGCUGCGUGAGAUGGCGCUUGCCUCACUUUGCUGCUGACUUUUGGCGCAACUGGGGACGUGACACCUUCAUAUCAUUGCGUGGCAUGCUUUUAGUCACAGGCCGAUACCAAGAUGCCAGAAUGCUGAUUUUGGUAUAUGCAGCAACCCUGCGCCAUGGGCUGAUCCCCAACUUGCUAAGUGAAGGAGUCAAUGCCAGAUACAAUUGUCGUGAUUCUGUGUGGUGGUGGCUGCAGGCCAUUCAGAAUUACAUCCUCAUGGCCCCAGAUGGCAUUAAAAUUCUGCGACAGUACAGUAGACUGUACCCAGUUGAUGAUUCACCUCCUCUGAAACCAGGAGAACGUGAGCAACCCCUGCAUGAGGUAAUCCAGGAGGCCUUGAGCAGACAUGCAUCAGGCAUCAAAUUCCGAGAACGAGGUGCAGGGCCUAAACUGGAUGAACAUAUGACAGAUGAAGGUUUCAAUGUGGAAGUUGGUGUUAUAUGGCCCAAAGGAUAUGUGUAUGGAGGGAAUGUUCACAAUGCUGGUACCUGGAUGGAUAAAGUGGGGAGCUCUGUUAAAGCUGGGAACCAUGGUCAGCCUGCAACACCUAGGGAUGGUUCAGCUGUGGAGUUAAUUGGUCUUUGUGCAUCAGCACUGCGUUGGUUGGCACAGUUGAACAAGAGUGGCCAAUAUCCAUAUGAUGGUGUACAGAUUGUUAACAAAGACUUCAGGGACAAGAAGAUCACCUUCAAGGCUUGGUAUGAGGCUAUUCAAGCUAACUUUGAAAAGGAUUUUUACAUUGCCAAGGAACCAAAUCCUGCCAAUGAGCCUUGCCCAGAGUUGAUCAUGCGGCGUGGCAUUUACAAAGACUGUUAUAAUGCCACCCAAUUCUGGUCUAAUUUCCAACUACGUCCCAACUUUUGUGUUACUCUUGUUGUGGCACCUGAUCUGGUCAAUCCACACAAUGCCUGGACAGCCCUUACAAAGGUUCAGGAAAUCCUUCUUGGGCCACUUGGUUUGAAAACUCUUGACCCAACAGACUGGGCCUAUAAUGGUGACUACGUCAACUCCAACGACUCAUGUGAUCCUCGUGUUGCACAUGGCUUCAACUACCACAAUGGACCGGAAUGGGUUUGGCCUAUGGCUUAUUUCCUGCGAGCUAAGCUCUACUAUGCCUCUAAGUUGGAUAAGUCAAUUCCUGGGAUACUGAAAGACACCGCUGAGUUUGUUGAUGCUGUUCUUUGCAACCAUUACCAAGCACUUAUGCAGUCUCCAUGGAAAUCUUUGCCUGAACUUACCAACACAAAUGGAUCAUACUGUGCAGACAGCUGCAGGGCACAGGCCUGGAGUGAUGGCUGUAUCAUGGAAGUACUUUAUGAUCUGGAGCGCAUUGAGACUGCGGACCGCCCAUCCAAAGUCAAUUUGACAGCCUAGUCUCCAUGCAACAUCCUGUGCAUUUUUUAAGAACUGUGUCAGAGAUCAGAGCAAAAUGUGUUAGGAUUUGAACUUCCUUAGCACAUUGCAUACCAAGUACUAAAAUGCAGAUAUUUCUUAAGAGAUGAGAUUUGAGCAGUUGCUUUUCGUUACAAUCAUUAUCACCUUACACUAAAGUGUUUUGAAAAGGAAAAAAGAUAAAAGCUGAGGAGUGACCCUAAUCAGUUUUCUUAUCAUAGUGUCUCUGCCCACUUUUUCUUUCUUUCUUUCUUUUUUUUCUUUUUUUUUUUUUUUUUUUUUUUGAGGCCGGGGAGAUUAGUUAUUGACUGCAAAUAUAGAGUUUGCUUGCCUAUCUAUACAUAUUAAGCACCGGACAGCGAAUAAAGACUUAGUUUUGUACUAAAGUGUAAUGUCAGUGUAUGAGUGCAACGUAAACAAAAUGAAGGCCUGCCAAAGAAUUAUCUUCAAAUUUUCAAUGCCAUUAUUAGCAGUGACUGAUGCAUAGUGUUGGCAAUGUUUUCUGUAUUGAACACAAAAGGCCCUGUUCAGUAACCUCCAACGAAAUCAUGAAAAGAUUAUUUAAAUCAUACAAAUAUUCUAUUCCUUUGCAGUACCUGUGCAUUUGGUACUACACUAAAAACUGUUUUGGUUUUAUAUUGUUUUAGACAGCAAAACAGGUACUUGGAUGUAUUCAAAAUCACCUACUUCUCAGUGACCAUGCUUUUUUAGUAGCUGUCUUGAGAUGCUUUUCAGCUUGUCAUUUUUGUUAACUGUAGUAGUAAAUUGAAUGAAUCGGGUGUUGUUUUUGUAUUUACUAUAAAUCUAAGGUGUGAUUGGUUAUACACACACUUUCAUAAUGCAGUACAGGGGGUCCUUGACUUACGACAUUGUUCCGCUCCUUCGUCACUUCAUAAACCGAUUUUCACUGUAAGUCGGAACAUACGUACAUACUGUACAUAAAUAAAUACUGUAAGCACUUAUCCUAUCCUAACACCUAUCCUAACUCAGUAAUUAUCAAAAAACACAUAUAUGGGAGAUGUGUCGUAACCACGAAACAUCAUAACUUGGGACUGACGUAACCCGAGGACCUCCUGUACUUUCUUUCUUCCUGUCUGUGUGUUAGGAAAUAGAUAUGCUGUCAUUCCUGAUCUUCAUGUGUAUUAGUUAAGAGAGUAUUCAUGAAUCAUUUUUGACUCUCUAAAUUUGUGAGUAUUUUACAUAAUAGUGGUUUAAAUUUUGCUUGUCAUCAUUAGCAUUGAUAUUCUUUGCUUCGGGUUACUUUCUGAAGAUUAAGAGAAAGAGAAGUUAUACUUCUGCUUACCACAGCAUCCUGUUAAGGAAGAUGAAUUGUUAUAGCUUUAUCAUCAGUAACGCUCUAAUCUCCAGUAUUCAUUUAGACUGGAGAAGAUAAAUGUUAGUCACCAACUACCAGUGGUAGCAGCCAUUAUUACAGUUACUCAGGUGAAGGGUGAUCAGUAUUAAAUGAAAACUAUACGCUUGAUAAUGCAUAUGCAAGUUCUCAAUAGCAGGCUUAACUUGACAUUAAAAAUUAGUUCUUUUGUAAAAUACAUGGUUUUCAGAGCUUUACAGAUUAUGAUAAGAUUUUAUGGAGUUGUUUCCAGAAUGUUCUGAGGUGCUAAAAAAUACGAGGCAACUAAUAGCAAACUGGUGUUCCCAUCAACACAGCAAAGUUUAUAUACAGGUAAACUUAUAGUACAUGUGUUUUUUCCAUAGCUUCUUUCCACAGUUCUGGGUGCAGUUUAGUGUUUCUUACUACCAUUGUGAAGAAUCCAAAGACCUCGUUAUUACAUGUGAAUCAUGUGCAUUUAUUUACUGGUGAUUCCUGCUUUAUUGGUCCUAGCAUUUGAAUAUCAUUCCAUUUGUUGUCCCAGAGUGCAUCAUUCCAUGCUUGGCUGUAAAAUCUUGUAGUUCAGUUGACCCUGUACAUGUAGACCACAACUGCAUUUUUUAUAGAAUUGACAGUGCAAAAUGUUGCAAACUUGAGGGCUUUGACCAAAGAUUUGAAGGGAUACAUAAUCAAGGCUUUCUAAGAAAGUAGAGUCACUUCAUGCUCAUAACAGACAAAAUGAUGAAGUAAGAAGAGGUUAUUGAGUAGGUUUGUUAGGUAAUGCAAGUAGUUUGAGUGCACAUACAUGUUGUUUCCUUUCAAAAGAUUGGCUGUGAGUCCUGGAUUAAUGUUGACUGCCGCAAUAGAGUCUUUCAGAAUUGCCAUUUGUGUUUUGCUGCUGUAAUCUGUGAUCUGGGUAGAUUGGUAGUGAUGCCUUUUUCUCAGGUGUUGUUAUCACUUUAUGUGCUGUUUUUGCCUUUUAAUCAAUAUUGAUAGUAUCCAUAAAAUUCCACUGCAGUGGCUUGACUUACAAGGUUGCUAACAAUUACAGUAUUUUUGAGGUACUGUCUUGACUUCAUCGAUACAGCAUUGUUCAGAGAUACUACCCAUUAUAGAAGAAUGUUAUAUAAAUGAUGUCUAGUCCAUUAGAUGUUUUUCAUUUUUACCUGAUGGCAUCUUUGAAGAGCAUUUCUGAAAAGAAGCCUUUUUUUCUUUAAGUUUCCAAACUUUUCUUCAACUUUUAACCAAAGCAAUGAUCAUUAGGAGUUGUUUGUUUUUAUGAAAUAAAAUUAGUUACUUUUCAUGCUCGUUUAUGUUUCCAUGGAAUUUACGUUAUUAAUCAUACCCAGACUAUUGGCCUUAUUAGAUGGUCUUUUAAUCAGGGAAACAACAGUAUUUUCACCUGUUCCAGUCUUGAACACACUUUAUGAAGCAUGUAAGGUUAUUACAAACUAUUUUUUUCCCAUUCCUAAUCACCAGAUACGUAAUGAGAACAGUUCUUGCAUAUCUGUAUGGGUAUCUAUUGAGACAAUGUUUUGUACUUACUAUUUAAUAUCUGCAUGUCUAAUGGUUUGUUAGUUCCUGGCUUUGUUGCAUGUACUGCCUUCUGGUACAGUUUUUAAUUGUUUUUAUAUGUGGUUUCUGAUAAAAAUAAUUUUCAUUUGCUGAAAUGAAUGAUUACUCAUGGUUGUUUUCAUGUCUGGUGAUACAGUGACACACAUCGUUUAUUCAUUCAUCUUAUCAUCAGUUUUUUAAUGCUUAUACAUAUUUUUCUGUAAUGGUGUUUAGGAAAGUAUAGGUUUUUUUUAGGUCUCUGUAUUAUCUGUAUAACCUUUGUUUUUUUUUUUUAAUCUUGUUUUCAUUGCCUGUCAAGAUGAAUUUGUCUUGUGUCAUUGUAGGUAGGACUUGGAAUUUCAGCAUUGCACAUCCAUCAUUACAAAGAUGUCCAUCAUAAGCAUAUCAAAGUUUCUAUAGUAGUCUUUAUUUGAUCAAAAUGUUUCUUUGAGUAUUAUCCUAUUUUCACACAAAUAUCAGCCUUUUUCAGAAACAUACAUGUAGGCAUCUACUCCCCAAUGCCUGACAUAGGCUAGGGGCCAUUUUUGCUGCAUUCAUCAGAGAAUGGUAAUGUACAACUAUUUUCAAUCAUACCAUACCUGUGCUGUUUGAUUGAUGUGAUUUUGGCAGCCAUGUUUGCAUAACAUAUACACUUGCCCAAAAACAAGGUUUACUCUGACCAUUUUUAUUGUUGCUGUUCUCAUUUGCCUAUUUUUGUUACACUUGGAGGCCAGCUCUCGAAAUGAAACUGACAGUCAUCUGCAAAGCAUCCAAAAGUUCAUACAGCUUGGUACCGAGGGGCAUCUGCAACAGCCAGACCUCUGCCCUCUAUUCCUGGAGCAGUGAAUCACCUCAGGAGAACUUUGGAGCUGACACCAGAUGUAGCUUCUGGUAAAAGGGGAAACUUUAGUCUGUUGUACCAUAUUGAGGCAGAAAAUCAUCAAUUAUAUGGUUGUAGCUGUUUGGUGGGCAUGACUGUCUGUGUCAAGCCUUGAUGAUUUUCUUCAUCUCAGUUAGACAUUGUUUUUAUCCUGCUCAUCUUCAGCCCUAAGUUUUGUAUUUUCUGUUGACCUGCUCAUUGUUUGUAAUACCACAGUGUGAAGGUAUCCACUGCAAUGCUGUUUUCAGGCAAUUAAUAUUGUUCAUUGCUACUAUCAGCUAGGGUAGCUGGUUAUUGCUAGCAGCUUGGAGCACAGAGCAUCUGUCAUGAACACAUGUGGAUCUGAUCUUCCUUUGGUACUUAUGCUGUUCACUACACAGAUCAGGCCUCCUAUGCAGAAAGCCAUGAUUGGACUAUUGUCAAAAUAACAUGAAAAUUCUGAUGCAGGUGCUACUGUAUGAUAUAGCACUGCAAUAGAGGUCUCUGCUUCGGAAUUUUCACAAUCACAACGAUAGUCCAAUCUGGGCUUCCUGCAUACGAGACCAGGGCUUGAACUUAAGCUCUAUCGUUGGUGCAUUGAGAGCCUGUUGGUGUGUCUAUCAUCAGCAACUAUCCAUGAGGGUGCUGGAUGUAAAAUAUAACAUUUGGGAUAGCAUCCAUCACUCACCCAUCUGUGUAAGUCAUAUCCAUGCUUUUUGUGGGUACUUUUCUUCUAGCAUUGCAAAUGUCAGGGUUUUCUUGCUUGUGUCACUGAGUUGGCAGCGGAGUGGGGAAUUUUGAUACAUGUGACAGUGCGAUUGUCUCUUCCGAGGAGGAUUGUUAAAAGGCUGGCCAUUUUUCAUGCAGUUGAUCACAAUCCUUUUACUUGGGGCAGACAUUAAACAUUUAAUUUCAAAAUCAUGUUAAUGAGAAAGGCAUGAGUUUAUGACAGACUAGUGUUAUAGGUACAUAUUUUUUGUGACUCUUAAGAGAGAUGGCUGAUUUCAUAAACAUAUGUGAGAGAACUUAAGCACUGGGUUCAAAUAUGGUAUCAGUACCUGUGCUGUUAAAGAAUCAGCUUCUGAAUUGAACAAUUUCCAUGCUGUUUGGUGUAUGAAGGAGACGGUCAUUACAAGUAAAUUAUGUAGUCUUUCUGGGAUAGUCUGGGUGUGUGCUCACCUUUAUGAUUAUGUUGAACUAGAGAGAGAAUAUUUGUAGGAACAGUGUUGACUCUAGUUUAAUUUUUAAUGUAACUGAUCAUGUAACACUAUCUUAAAGAUAAUCAACCCAGACCAUUGUUUAAGGAUUAGUAUAUUAUGAAGCAUUGUGUGCAGUAUCUAUGCCAGUUUCAAACUCUAAUUCCCCUGUACAAGAAUGCCUUCUCCUAAUUUCCCAUAUUUCAAGCUAUAAGUGUGUAGAGAAAGUGUGCCAUCUGACAACAUUUUGGGCCUCUGCGCUGACAAGAUCACCUUCUUGCAGAUGUGAUUUAAUCAUAUACUCAUCUUCUUCAGCUCCCCACCUGGGAGAUUUACAGAUACCAUGGGCAUAGGGACAUGCAGGCUGGAUGACCUUAAUCUUCAUUUAAUAAUUAACUCCGUUUUUUAUAAGCCUGUAUUCUCGGUUAUCAAACCCCUCGUUAAAAAAUUGCAGUGUAAUGUUAGCUGAAUUUGUAACUUGCAUAGCUGUACACUAUAUGAAUCUUGUGUUAGAUGCAACACGGGAGUCUGGCGUUCAUGAAUGAAAGUUUUUGGCAAGUAUCUGUGACCUGCAAAUAUUACCCAAAUACCCUUUCCCCUUAGAUCUAGAUGGGGCUGUUGCUUCUGCAGUCUGAGACUGACAGUGUGAGGGCCUUUUUCUUCACUGUCACACACUUUGAGAAUGUUUUUUGCUCUUUCAAGUAGUGAAAUUGGGUGUGUCCAGCAUUUCUGUUUAAUAUUGAAUGUAGUAAAUGAUUGCAGUUACGUGGUUUUCAAGGGACAUUAGAUUUGGGAUUUUUUUUCACCCCAAUUUUAUACAUACAUGUUUAAAAUGUAACCAAUAUUUACAGUUUUAUUUAGUCUGAGCAAACUAAUAAACUUUUUGAAGCAAUA